CGGCGUGUGACGACGAAUAAAAAAUAAUAAAUCUAUAUAUUUCAAUUUUCCAGUGCAAAAUUCAACUGCGAAAUUCAAAGCACACAUAAAACGCAACAAGUGUGCACAAUUUAAAGUUCCUUUUUUAUAACCUGCCCAUCAGUUACUGCUUUAUCGAGCAGCUCCACACACUUUAAAAAUUAUUCAUAUACUAUUCAAAACUUCAACGGCAUUUCAAGGCCGUACAAUUAUGGAUUUUAAUGCCAAGAGUGCCAACAGAACCAGCAGCAGCAAUGAAAAUCAUGAGCACGUAGUCACCCCUGCCAGCAUCAACAAACAGAGCAGCAGCAGCAGCAGCAGCAGCAACAACAACAACAACAACAACAACAACAGCAGCAACAACAAUAACAGUGGAUCAUCAGCAGCAGAAGCCACCUCCAGAGCUGAUCAGCCAUGUUUCUGGAGCGACGAAUCCAUAUCCAUGGACAUGGAUCCAUGCUAUGGUCCAACUAAUGCAUCUACUUCCACUAACCUUAUCAUCGGCAGUUGCAAGCGCAAACGUCGCUCUUCCACUCGGGAUCCUGAACUUGGCUACGAGCCGCCAUCGGCGAAACGCCAACAGCGUUUGCCAGGCAUGGCUUAUGGCUGCGAUCAGAGCAAUCAGUCGUCGGUGGCCUCCUCGGUGUACACGUCGCCGGUGACAUCGACGACGACCGAUGCACUGAAUGCCCAGGAGUUGCUCAGCAUACGCAGUUCGCCCGCCGAGGAGCUGCCGGAUGAGCCGCAUAGUCCCCUACCCGACAGUCCAGACAGUCCGCCUAGUCCGGAUCGCGGUGGUACCAAACAGCAGGCGGUGGUGGUGCGCUAUGCGUCAGUGGAUCAGCCCAAAGCUGAUGAGCAGCUGGCGGAGGAGAAGUUGCUGGGUGCUGAGAGCAGCGAUGAGUACUCGUACGACGAUGAAGAUGACGAUGAGGAGGAUGUGGAUGAGGAAAUCAAUUCGUCGAGCUCCUCGCCUGCCUCCUCAACGGCCACGAACUGUAGUCAAGAUGGUGAACGCACCCCGGCAACCCAACAGCUGGCGAGCAACGGCACUCGUCCCGUCAACAAGGAUGCGUUGAGCAAGUUCAGCGCUCUCGAUGACUUCGCUGGGCACAACAGCUACAAGUGCAUGUCCCCGGCCGUGGAGUUCACGCAGCGCCAGUGUCCGCUGCCAGCGUUGUCCUGGGCCAAUGCCGCCGAUGUGUGGAAGCUGAUGUGCAAACGGGAUGAGGAGGAUUCGCAUUUGCGCAGCAGCAGCAUGUUGGAGCAGCAUCCGGGAUUGCAGCCACGCAUGCGCGCCAUACUCCUCGACUGGCUGAUAGAGGUCUGCGAGGUGUACAAACUGCAUCGGGAGACCUUCUAUCUGGCCGUCGACUAUCUGGAUCGCUAUCUCCACAAGGCACUCAAGGUGCAAAAGACGCAUCUGCAGCUGAUUGGCAUCACGUGUCUGUUUGUCGCCGCCAAGGUCGAGGAAAUCUAUCCGCCCAAAAUCUGCGAAUUUGCCUACGUCACAGAUGGUGCAUGCACCGAGCACGACAUACUGCAGCACGAGAAACUGCUGCUGCAGGCGCUCGAAUGGGACAUCUGCCCCAUCACCGUCAUCGGCUGGUUGGGCGUCUACAUGCAGCUCAAUGUGAACAAUCGCACACCGGCCACAUUCUCGCAGGUUGGCAAACAUCAGUCGGCAUUCGACGAUGCCUUCAUCUAUCCACAGUUCUCGGGCUUUGAGUUUGUGCAAACGUCGCAGCUGCUCGAUCUGUGCACACUCGAUGUGGGCAUGGCCAACUAUCCAUACUCGGUUUUGACGGCUGCGGCUAUUAGUCAUACAUUCAAUAUGGAGACCGCUCUGCGUUGCUCCGGCCUGGAUUUUCAGGUGGUGCAGCGCUGCGCACGCUGGAUGCAACCGUUUUUCUGUGUCAUCUCCAAUAAGGCGGUCUAUCUGCACAUGAAUGAGCAGAACGAGCAGGUGACAAAUAAGUUUGGACUGGCCAGUGUCUGUCCCAACAUUGUCACCGAUGAUUCGCACAUCAUUCAGACGCACACAACCACAAUGGACAUGUAUGAUGAGCUGCUGAUGGCACAAAAUGCGCAGCAUGCGAUGCGCGCUCGCACUCAGGCCUCGCCGGCGACGGCACUGCGCGCUCCAGAGAGUCAGUUAACGCCGCCAGCCUCUAGUCACAAGCCGGACGAGUAUCUGGGCGAUGAGGAGGAUGUGUCGGCCACCUCAACCACAUCAACCGUUGCAGUCGUAUCCACGGCGAUUAAGGCCACAGCUUUGAGCAGCAGUAGUUUGGGCAAUCCUUUGCCACUACAGGAUCUGGCCAGUCACAAGAAUGCUGCGAUUGCAGGAGCCAACAGCAGUAGCACCAAAAGUAGCAGUCGCAACAGCAAAAGUAGCAUCUCCAGCAGUAGCAAUAGCAGCAGCAGCAGCAGCAGCAGCAGCCGCAGCAGCAGUCAAGUUUAGGCGCUCUUAAGUCUUGUCAUUGUCACUCUCAAAAACACACGCCCGCCCUAACAGUUUUAACGUCUAAGUGUUUCAAAAGUAUACAUAUAUAUAUAUAUUUCUAUCUAAUAUUAUAAAUUAUUUAUGUUAAGUGAAAAAGAUAUUAUUUUCCUAAUUCCUAGGAUUUUUUUGGUGCGCAGCUCGCAUCCUUGUAGAAUUUAGUCGUAAAACAAAACAAACAAAAAACACAACAAAAAAAAAAAAAUAACAAAACAAAAGAAAACAAAAUACCCAUUUAAAUUUGUGUAUGUAUAUAAACAAAAAUAUAAUUUUACUGUUCCCCAUAUAUAUAGAGAUAUUGCAAUGCUUAUAUUCAAGGCAAAAAUGUAAUUCUACAUUAGAUUAAUUCAUUGUUUUGUUGCAAACUUAAAGUGGAGCAGUGUAUUUAUUAUGUAACUUCUGGCUUGGCGUUGGCAUUUUACAAAAUCAUCUAGCAUCUAAAGAGAAUGUCCACAUGUAAAAAAAAAAGAAAAGAAAACUAAACAAAACGCACUCACACUCACAAUCACAACCACAUUUAGCUUAUUCAUAAACAAUCAUCGCUUCAGACAUUAACAAAUCUAAUAUAUUUAUCAAUAAAAGCCUGUGCGCAAUAUAUACUUGACUAACAAACUAAAAUUAGCUGAUAAGUUGAGGGCAAAUGCACCAAAACUAACAACGACUAAUGCUUAUGCGGCAAAUAAUUUCAUUAAUUCAACAUUCAACUGAACAUUCAACAAUUAACAAUUAAAACUUAACUAACUGACUACAACAAAGACAUAUUUAUGUAUAAAUUACUAAGCUGACAUGAAGAUAAUAUUUACAAUGAGUUUUGGCAAUGGCCAAUAUAUUGCCAAAUGUAAUAUGAAUUAA